UCGAAAAGUAUGUGAGUCAGGGACCUUGAGUUUCGGAAACAUUGAUAGAUGAGUAACGGUCCUGGAACCUUUAAUGAAUGUAAGCAAAUACUUCUUAGCGAGUUAAGUCCAUGUUUACUUCGUGACAUCACCACCAGUUCGCUGUAGGAGUAUUAUAGACGGAAUCUAGAACGAGAACUAACAGUCAAUGACGGCAUUCAGAAGAUAUUGGACGUUUGUACAGAUUGUUAGCACUUAGUGAGAUUGUAUUGCUCUAAACCAUCGCUGGUCAGCGCCGAUUGAUGAAGUAAUCGAUCUACGUCUAUGUUUAGCAUGUCCCGAUAGUGCAGUGCUUAAAGAUUAGCUAUGGAGUACAUAAAAAAUUUGUGGAGAUAUUAUUUUGGGAGGAAGCAAAAAUAUAUUAUCAUACCUUUCCAACCAGAUGUCAUCGACGGAACCAGACAGGGCGUCCUCGCGGUCCAAGGCAUCGACUUUUGCAUCGACAGCAAUGGGGAAAAUCAUCACACUAAUAAAUUCAAUCUCAUGACAAGAGAUGUUGACAGGUGUCUCGUGGUGAGACGAGGUCAGGCUUUUAAAUUGGAUAUCUUAUUGAACAGGCCAUACGACGCGAAAAGAGAUGCCGUGUCUUUCAUCUUUUACGUCGAAGAUGUGGAGAAGCGUGGGCCGUCGAAUGAAGCGUCAGCGGCUGUUCCUAUGUUGGAAAAGGGGUCGGAAACGUUAGGUUCGUGGAACGCUGUGUAUGAAGGACAAAUUGAUUCGCAUCUGAUGGUAGCUGUGACACCAGCGGCUGAUUGUAUUGUGGCUGCCUGGCGAUUGGAUGUUGAUACUAAGCUCAGCGGUACCGGAGCGCUUAGCUACACACAUCCACGACCAAUUUAUAUCAUUUUUAAUCCUUGGUGUCUUAACGACAGCGUGUAUAUGCCAGGACACAGUCACCGUGAGGAAUAUGUUCAAGAGGAUGGUGGUCUUGUAUUUAGAGGUGUUUAUAACAGAAUUAAACCGGCUCCGUGGAACUAUGCCCAGUACGAGAAAGAUAUUUUAGAGUGCGCUUUGUAUCUUAUAAGAGAAGUUGGAAAGGUCAAAGGAGGGGCGAGAGGAGAUCCAAUUAGGAUCGUCCGAGCGUUGGCCGCCGCGGUAAAUGUUCAAGACGACAAUGGUGUUUUGGUUGGUAACUGGGCCAAAGAACUGAGUGAUUACAGUGGCGGAACUCAUCCGCUGAAAUGGGUCGGAUCUUUGGCGAUAAUACAGAAGUACUACGAGAAGAAAAAGCCGGUUAAAUACGCUCAGUGUUGGGUGUACGCUGGGGUUUUGACCACAUUAUGUAGAGCGCUUGGUAUCCCAUGCCGACCGGUGUCAGGUUACGAUGCAGCUCAUGACAGUCAGGGUAGUCUCACUAUUGACAUCAUUAAAGACGAAAACGGCGACACCCUGGAAGAGUUUACCAACGACUCGGUCUGGAACUAUCAUGUUUGGAAUGAGGUAUGGAUGGACCGUCCAGAUUUGGGACCUGAUUAUGGCGGCUGGCAGGCCAUUGAUGCGACGCCACAGGAAACUUCUGAGGACGUAUACCGCUGUGGCCCUGCUUCCUUGAGGGCUGUCCGCGACGGAGAACUCCAGAGACCAUAUGACGUGUCUUACGUCUUCGCACAAGUUAAUGCAGAUAAGGUUCUUUGGAAAUACUCCGGUGAAAUACAACCAUUAAAACUUCUAGCACGUGAUACGAUAUCAAUAGGACAGAAUAUAUCUACAAAAGCAAUUGGGCGAAUGGAAAGAGAGGAUAUAACAAAUCUCUACAAAUAUCCGGAACGAACAAAAGAAGAGCGUGACACAAUGGAGAAGGCUCUCCGUAAAUCUGAGAGCAUUUUCGCAAGAUAUUAUCUAAAUGACGCAUUUAAUGAUGUCACCUUCGACUUCGAAUUGAGAGACGAUAUUAAGAUAGGACAGGAUUUCAACGUUGCACUACAUAUAAAGAACCGAUCUACAAUCAACGAGCAUCAUGUGAAGGGUGUACUGCGAGUUGACACUGUGACGUACACUGGCGUCACCGGGGACGGGGUUAAGAGGCAUGAGUUUGACAUGAAGAUGGCACCCGAAAAGAAAGAAACCAUCACACUGCCUGUCACGUUCAAUGAUUAUUAUAAGAAAUUGGUUGAUCAGGCGUCCUUCAACAUAGCUUGUUUGGCGUCGAUAGUCGACAGGAACUUUGACUAUUUCGCACAAGACGACUUCAGAGUUCGCAAUCCUGACAUUAAGAUCUCGAUCGACGGCAAACCUAUUUCACGACAGGAAUUCACCGUAAACGUGAAAUUGGAAAAUCCUCUUCCGAUACCAUUAAAGAGCGGGAAAUUCUAUAUUCAAGGACCAGGAUUGGAUAAACAACUUAAGAUCGAACUAAGCGAGAACGUGCCUCCAGGCGAGUUUGCGACAGCCCAAUUUCAGUUGACCCCUCCUUGGGCUGGUCGUCAUCAGAUAUCAGCGAAGUUCUCCUCCAAGGAAAUGCAUGACGUCGACGGUUUCCUGUCAAUAAUGGUAGCACCACCUGCGUCUAAUGGUGUUUCCUAGAUAUUAAAUCUAUUCCUUUAACUACCCCGUAACCUUGCAUUGCUAUACAAAAUUAUAGUUCUACUAUUUAACCUUAAAACUGUCCGUGUUAAGUCACAUUAUGCAAACACAUGAUAAGGCUUUACAAGUCCUAAACCGUAUUCGUUAGAAUUACGAUAUAUUUAAGUGUUAUGUAUGUAGGUAUGAUCUUAAGAAAUAUCCUUGGUCAUAUUUGUUUAACCCUUUAGUCAAUUAGACCUCAAAUUAUUUAAUUUUAUAAAAAAAUACUAUAAUUAAUAUUUUAUAUUAAAUAUUAAUAUAUUUUUAUUUUGUGCUGAAUUAAUUUUGCUGUAAAUAAAUAAUUAUAAGUGUA